AUGUCGGGGUUCCACACCGAGGAUGGGUACAAUGGGCCAAGCCUGUUUGGCCAGAAUGGCGCCAUCGUCGGGGGCGUACGCAACAAGCUCGGCCACGUGGCGUCCGAGGAGGAGAAGCAGCAGGCGAGGCGCACUGUGGUCGUCAUCGGGAUCAAGUGGCUCCUCUCGCCGGGGUGGAGGGGCGACGACUACAGGGAUGCGGUAUUUCCCGCGGAAGUGGCGCAGUGGUUCGAGGAGCAGAUCGGUCCGGUGCAGGCUGUGCACUUUAAGCCCCCGGUGCAGGCGUGGGUCGAGUUUAACUCCGCCUCGAACGCCACCGCGGCGUUGAAUCUCAACGGGGCGACGUACCCUCGAAAGUGCAAGCAUUCGCCCGGCGGCAGGAUCAAGGUGAGCCGCGCGACGCACACGGAGCUGGUCCGUGGCGCCAAGGAUCACCUGAGAAGCUACCACGUGCUCAUCCCGGAGAAAUUUCUCAAGGGCGAGGUGGAGCCGGGUGCGCACGACGGGGCCGGGGACGGACGGGCGGGGGAAAAGGAGGGGGAGGACGACGAGGCGAAGGUCAUUGCGGCGUUGCGCGAGUCCAAUCCGUAUUUCGACCAGGACAUGGCCCUGUACGAGGAGCAUCACAGGGAAAAACUGCGAGCCGAGUUCGACAGGCUGGCGCGGGAGCGUUCAGAGCUCGAGGAGGUCAAGCGGCUGUACCGAGGAGCGAGCGCCGGUGACGUCGACGCGAUCGAGAGCGCCAUAUGGGCCGGAGCGGAUACGGACACCGCCAACCCCUUGGACGGGGGGCGGACCGCGCUGCACUACGCGUGCCUCGCCGGGGAACGAGCCGCGGCGCAGGUGCUCGUGGAACACGGGGCCAAUCCCAGCGCGCUGGACGCCCUGGGGUUUACGCCCGCGGAUGCGUUAAAAAGCGGUGAAAAGGAUCCGCGGGGCGAGAUCGCCGGCGACCUCGAGCUCGCGAGAGCCGCACACGCGCACAUGGCCUCGCUCGCGAUGAAGAUCAACGCCGGUACGUACGACGUGGACGAGCCCGACGCGCCGGACUCGAUGCCGCCGCUGCACGAGGCUGUCGCCGCUCGUAAAGGGGCGCUGACGCGGUUCCUGUUGGCGCAGGGGGCGAGCGUGGAGAAAACCGGGGGGUCCGACGGCGACACCCCGCUGCACAUCGCCGCGCGCACGGGUCAGGAGAGGAUGUGCAGGCUGCUCGUGCUGAGGGGUGCCGCGCCGGACGCGCCCGCCGCGGGAGGGGACGGGUCGACGCCGCUGCACGAGGCGCUGAGGGGGGUGAAGCGCAACGGCUCGAAGGGCGCGCACGCGAAAAUCGCAAAGCUCUUCAUGGACGAGAUGAAGCGGCUCGGCCGGGGCGCGGAGGCGGCGGCGAUCAUCGCCGGUACGCGUUCUUAA